CUUCCCUUUCCCUUUCCCACUUCACAUCUACCAAAGUAUCUACUUCCUGCUUCUCCCCCCUCGACCUUCUCAGAAAUUCCCUCGCCACGUUCACGAUCACGAUCACGAUUCCUCCUCUCCAACAUUCGUCACCUUCUAUCCCUCGCCUCGCCUCGACUACCGUCCUGACUGCUCCGCUCGCCGCGUCCCUUCUUGUACCCUCAAUUUAAUCCUAUCAAGUAAUUUUCAGACUUGGGUCCUGUGUCACUCGAUCUCCCUUGAUUGCUCGAUAAUUUCGUCCACCACCUCGAAUCUCUUCCUCCUCCUUCCCUUCGCAAAACAACCCGACCGCCGGAUCCUGUGUCCCCGGCUGAUGAUCGCUCGCUUUCUGGGCCGUCACUAGCUAUCUCCAUGGAUAACGCAAACCUCUGGACUCGCCGAUCCAACACCUCCAAGUUGUCUCUGUCUAUGACGGGGACGGACGGCGCUCGAGUUGAACUUCCCCGCGCCACCAAGCGAUUCGGCCCCGACAGCUCCCACGGCGGCCGGUCCAACCCUUUCAACGCUCUCUCCCCCCUCUCCGGCGGCGUGUCCUCUCCGUCUACAAACGCCUCCUCUGCAUUCGGCCUGGGCUCCGGUGCCUUUGCGUCGUUUGGAACCCCCAAAACCCCCGGUGCACCUUCUGACCUGAAAACCCCCGGCGAGAAGCGCGAAAACCCUGUCGACCAGGCUUCCGCCGCCGAGGCCGGCAAAACCAAGGGUGUUGCCUUGACGCUCAAGGAGCACCCGCUCAAGUCCACUUGGAUUAUCUGGUACCGGCCUCCCACACCUAAAUACUCCGAUUACGAAAAAUCUACCGCCCCGCUUGCAUCCAUAUCAUCAGUAGAGAGUUUCUGGUCGAUCUACUCGCACCUAAAGAGGCCUUCUCUACUCCCCACCGUCUCCGACUACCAUAUCUUCAAGAAAGGCAUUCGUCCGGUAUGGGAGGACGAAGCCAAUAAGCGAGGUGGAAAAUGGGUGGUGAGGCUGAAGAAGGGGGUUGCGGAUCGCUACUGGGAGGACCUCCUCCUGGCUAUGAUCGGUGACCAAUUUGCAGAGGCUAGCGAUGAGGUUUGUGGUGCGGUUCUCAGUGUGCGGAGCGGGGAGGAUGUUCUGAAUGUGUGGACCCGCAUCGAUGGCGGGCGGAACAUCAAGAUCAGGGAAACAAUCAAACGUCUACUUAACUUUCCCGCUGACACCAACAUUGUCUGGAAGAGUCACGAUGACAGUAUCGCCCAACGUUCGGCCAUCGACCAGGCUCGCCAGGAGAAGGCCGCCGGAAACGCCGGCCAUCACCACCAUCACCAUCACCAUCACCACCAUAACAACCACAACCACAACCAGCAACACCAGCUGGGCGAUCGACGAAGAGUUACGGCGAAUGACGAGGGGGAUAAAGGAAAAGGCACGACAUCUUGACAUGCUUUACGUGGGUUAUGAUCCUGUAUAGUAAAGGCCACACAAAAAUCUCAUUGGGAUGAUUUGGGAUCGGGGCAUUUAGGGCGAAAUACUGAGUGAUCUCGAUUUGGGUUUUUAUUUUCUGUCCAUUUUAUUUCAAUUCAUGGGCGCUGCUACUGCACGUGGAUAUGCAAGUUUGGGGUGCUCGGAUGGGAUGAAGCGUAACUACUUUUAUUACUGCUAUACUUAGUAUCUUCUUCUUCUAUCUACUUCCUCACCUGCACGAAUCGUGAUCGG